UCCACGUCUAUCGUUAUUUCUGUUGAUGGUUCGACCGUUGAUACCGCUGUCAUUCAAUUCUCCGAUGAUUGAUUGCUCAUCGCGUUGUUGUGUUUGUUGUUUACGGGGAGGGGAGGAGAGAUUUGAUGAAGUUCGUAGCGGGCGCUAUUCAAUGCGAAAAAUAAACAAGAUGUCAGCCCCCAUGAAACACAAACUUUGUCGAAUUUUACGUCGAUGCAACCUCAAUUUCAUGCUUGUAUUCCUCUUUGUUGCAUCUACUAUUUCUGUAUUUGUUACAUAUUUAUACGUAAAUACCGUUUUUGGUGAUUUUAACGAAGAAAGUGAUAAGUACCUCUUGCAUUUUGAAAAGCAUGAUGAUAUUCUGGUGAAUAUCGACACUGAUGACGAUGAUGAUGUGGAUGCUCCGUCCCAUCGUGUUAAUUUAAUAGUAAACAGAAUAAUUAAUAAACAGACAUUUGAAAUCAAUGGAUGGUGGAUGCCAUCUCAAGAAUGGACAACAGAGAUUGACUGCAAUACUGGGAAGAUGACAAUAUGUUCAAAGAGUUUAAUUGUCCAGUGCAAGCAAAAUAGUGUGAGAGCUAUCUACCAAUAUUUACCUUUGAAACAGGGUAAUAGUGUAAGAGGGUUAUAUUUUGCUGCUAAAAGUUCAUCCGUUAAUAUGCAAGAAGAUCAUCAGUUUGCUCAAUUGUCCAUGUACAGUGCAAUAGCUUAUUUGAAAUUCAAUGAUGGAACAACUCAGAUACUCAGGUUGGAUUAUCCUGGAGGUUCCCAUUCAUAUACUUUAGCUGAAAUAGAAACUACUUUCAUCAAUAACAAAACCCUAGUUAGCAUCAUGGUUGUACUUGGUUGCUAUGGUUAUCAGGGAGUUGCCAAGUUUGUUGAUGUUACUAUCACUCCAAUUAACAAUGGCAGUAAUUCAAUUAGUAGCAGUUAUCUCAUUUCAAGGUGUCCAAGGAAUAUCAUGAAACCAAAUGAUAAGGAUGAGUUUAUGCAGGAAGUAAUGAUAACAAGUGAACAGAAUGAAGGCGUGAUAACACUUGUAACACAGCUGUCAAUGGAUGACAUUCAAUUGUUGACCCGUGUCAAUCAGAACUGGGAUGAUCAACUGUCUGUCGCCCUCUAUGUACCAACAAAAUCAGAAUCAAAGGACAGUGGUCAUGAAUGGCAAAGACUUUACAUCAACAAAAAAAUUAAACCUCUUAAAGCUCAAUCCAGAACAAAUAUGAUUGCAGUGUUUGCAAACACAAUGCAAGAUGAAUACCCAGUGAAUUUCCUGAGAAAUCUAGCAUUAAGACAGUCAACGACAGACUUCAUAUUUAUCAUUGAUGCAGACUUCUUACCAUCGCCAAACUUCAAGGAAAGCUUUUUAAAAUGGUUGGAUUUUGACACAAUUAAAGGGAACAUGGACAAAAUUGCAUUUGUUGUACCAGCGUUUGAAUUUCAGGACAGUGCAAAGGAGGCUAUUCCCCCAGCUUCUAAGGAAGAUCUUGUGAAGGAUGUUUAUGAUCGUGAAGGGUCAAUUGUCCCUUAUCAAUACCUUGAAAAUCCAGAUGCUCAUAGACUUACAAACUAUCCAGUCUGGUACAGGUCUAAGGAACCCUACAAAGUGACUGGAUAUCAAGACCAAUAUGAGCCUUAUGUCAUAUUAAGGAGGACACCUUCGCUUCCUGAGCAUAAUGAGCAUUUUUCCAGCAGUUUAUUCAACAAAGUCUCAUUCACUAUGGAGUUGAAGGCUGCAGGGUAUGAAUUCCUUGUCCUUCCAGAUGUAUGGGCGAUUCACAUGCCUCAUCGGCAGAAUUCUCAUAGCGUGCCACCUUUAAAAGACCCACCGCAACUUGAUGAUCAUGUACGCAGAUUUGAGUUUGUUAGCAGCCUUUUAACGAGGUAUGGAAUAGGGCGGUGUAUGCAUAGACUCCAUGAUGUACAAGAUAAACAAAAGCCUGGAAGAUUUCAUUGAAACAGUAGACUACUGCAUCCAUGGCCGUUAACAGAAGGGUGAAUGUCAAUUAGUAUGUCAGCGACUUUGGAUGCAUAUUAAGGCGAAUUGUAUGACACAGCCAGUAAUGCGUAGGCAACCUGCAGCCAUAUCUGCCCUUGUUCCAGUGGCUGCUUGCCUAUGCUCCUCUUUAAAAUGCUUUAACCAAGGCAACUCUUAUACCUCGGAUUCUCAUACUAGGUAACGCCAUAUAAAGAAUCCUGGAUGCAUUGCCAAAAAAUUAUUUGAAAUUUGUUGUUUGUAUUGUUAGGUAUUGAUAAAAUGAUGGUUUAUUCAGAGGCUUUAAUUAAUUUUUUUUCCCUUGGUCAAUACUAGGAAUUUCAGCAAUGAACUAUUGUUGUUUCCAUCUUCCAAUGUGCAUAUUUUCAAAUAAAUAUAUUUAUUCUAAAUUUAUAUAUAAUUGUAAUACAUAUAUUCUUAAUGGUUUGCAUGUAUAUAUUUUAUUUGUAUGUUGUAUUUGCUUUUGAACAUGUAUUUGUUGUUUCUUAAGACAUGAAUUGAAAUGGAAGUCAGUCACACAGUCUUAAUAAUGAAAAGUACUGUCAACUUUGUGCCUUAUACAUUUUUUUAUUAUAGUAAAUUAAGUUCAAGUUUAAGUAUUUAUAAGUUUAAGUA